AUGGAGCCGAGCGGUGCCGCAGCACCUGCCCAAGCGAAGGCUGCAAAUGAUCAAGGUGGGGUUGGUGAGUUCACUUUCCCGCCUUCGCCGCCUCCAGGGGUCAGCGACCUCGCAGGCGAUGUGCCCUUACCUCAGGUUUUCCCAGGCUGUGGCGAAUCGUCUGAAGGCAGCUUUAGUCGUGUCAGCUUUGGCAGUGAGUGUGUUGAGAACGACCUGCACUUCCCUCUGCUUGAGUUCCCAGAAGACUGGGAAGACGAUGCACCCGAAAUUGCCACAGCUCGGACGCCUAUGGACUUGGAGUCUGUGGAGCGGUCAAACAGGGAAGUGGCAAGUCUGAUGCGAGACAUUUUCGGAAGCGACGAUUCUCAUGUCGAGAAUGUGGAAUCGAGGACAGCUUCGGCCUCGGCUGCGCCCUGUGAGCAGGCGGCUUCUUCGAUCCCCGAUCUUGACCAGGCUAUGUCGAUUGCACAUGCAGAUGCCUCUGCAGAUGGGAUUAGCUUAGCAGCUUCAGGAGAGUUUGUGUCGACCGCUGGUGUCGCUGAUGAUGCACUGGGUUCCUUUGUAGGAGGGCUCGUCAAGCAAGAUGUUGCUAGAUUCGGCAGACUCGACGAUGGUCUUAAGCUUCCGUGGGAGAGUGAGUUCUCCAAGCUGCUUUUCGACCCAGAUUGCGUGUGGGACCCGUUGCAAGGCCGAAAGCAGGACUCGAUCUUUCCGCCCAUCACGCAUAAUGCCCAGGCUGCCCAUCGACCUCCAGCAGGACCCAAGGAGGCUCCUUUAGGUUCGAUUUUCGCUUGGGCCAUUACGUUGGGUGCUGCAGCUCGCGAUCCCGCCGCAGAGCGAGAGCGAAAGAGGGAGCAAGGGAUCGGAAUGUGGAGUAGGUGCAGUCUGCUCGCCGGCGCCUGGCUCUUGCUUACAACCGUCCUUGACAUGAGUGACUCCGCUCGCCAGGUCGAUGAGCUUCUCAACACCAUUGAUCUUACAGAUGUCGGGGGGAUUGAGGAUCAAGAAGCCUGUUCAGUCGUGCCAGAGUCUGACCAGAACAUUCCUGCUGCACCAAGCUUAGAUCAAGAGAUUCCGGACAACCAGCUGUUGUCAUUUCUUGAAGAUGAUGAGGUGUGGGACGGCCGAUCCCCUAGCGCCCCAGACCCUUCUUGUGCUGCUGAGAUUUCUGAAUCGGAGAGGGAGUGGUACUUGAUUGCGGGGUCGUUCGGGGCAGCCGCUGCGGAGUGCGCGCCUAGUGAGCCGUCACCACCGAACUUGGAGCCAGAGCAAACUCUGGCGGUCCCGGCCCUGGACAGCAUCGCCGAGGACCAGUUGCAGCAGAGUGCCGUGGGGCAUAUCCAUAAGAGGCUCCGCUUGGAAGCCCCACUCCUCCCGUGGGAGACACAACCGCUUGCCGCAAUCUUCGGGGGCCCAUCUUGGCAUGACACCUUGCAGCGCCGGAUCAAUUUGGAUCUAAUGCCUGGGGUAGGUAGUGCCGACGUCCUUAAGCCUGCCGUGCCUAAGGUUCCUGCCCCUAAGCCCCAGAUCGUAGCAGCGUCACUUGCGAACCGUCUUCACCGCUUCCGGCCGGAGGCUUCAGACGAAGAUGUUCGCAAUCUUGCCUUAGCCAAGCUCAAGGUAUUGAUUACUAGUGACCCUCUUGCCAGUGAGCUGGGUAAGUCCUUGAUUGAUAAGCUGGGAGGUCUGGUGCAAGAGGCUGUGGUAGCUCAGUCCUUUGCAGAUGCUUUCCGUGCCAAGGCAUCAUCCACGCUCAAUGGGCAUGCUUGUGCGCUCACACGGUUCAGCGCGUGGUGUGCUCGCCAGGCGGCAGAACCUCUUCGAGUUGAUGAGGAGCAGCUAUAUGCGUACUUGUGUGAAAUGCGGUCCUCCAACCGGGGGGCUACUUCAGGAAACAAGUUUUUGCAUUCUCUGACUUUCUUGGAGUACUCCGUUGGAUUGAUCUUCUUGUCAACUGAUGUGGUGGUAUCUGCGAGGGUUCGGGGCGUAGCUCGUGACAUGGCCCUCACCAAGGCUCCGCUGUCUCAGAGGCCCCCACUCACUGUGGAACAGGCUGCGGCACUUGAGGCCCUACUUGUUAACGACCUGAACGAUACUGACGCCUGUGUGCUGGGCCAGAUACUCUUUGCUGUCCACUCUGCCGGCAGGUGGAGGGAUAUCCAGGGGUUGCAGUCCGUGGAUGUCUCCGAAGGUUCUGAGACCACCCUGUUGCUUGCAAAUGGCCUGAAGAGCAAGACCACCCAUACGGCUGAGGCGCAAAGGAGGCUCUUGCCGUACGUCGCAAUCUCCACUGGUGUCUCGGGUUAUGACUGGGGUGACCGAUGGCUCACCGCCCGAAGGAACGAGGGCCUUCAGUGGGGAGGCGACUUCUGCCUCCCUUCGUUCUCCUUGAGGCUGGGGCGGUGGAGCACGGCCCGCAUGGGUUCCGGAGAGGCAUCAGCAUACCUUAGAGAUUUUCUCGAGGCCGUUAAUCUGCCGAACAGCAAAGUUGGGACCCAUAGUCUUAAGACCACCUUAUUGACGUGGGCGAGCCGCUCAGUUCGAAUCGACUUCAGUGAGCCCGAAAGGCUGCACCUGGGCCACCACUCGGAGGGAUCGUUCAAUCCAGAUUUGCCACCGGCCCGCCGGGUGGAGCACCUCGCCGAGGCCAUCAUGGUAGGGAGCUCGCAGGCGUCCAACUUGGGGCAGCACGCCCCAGCCGGGGAGGACAGUGCCUCCUCCGACGAUUCCGAGGCGGGGAUCCCAGAAGGUCACGGCGGGCGGCAGGCCGCAGACUUGGUUCGGGGGGCGUUCCCAGAUCAGUUCCUUCAGGACAUCGUGGUGCACAGGUUCUCGGGCAUAUCGCAUGUCGUUAAGGACUCCGGCAUGCUUUGGUGCCAUCGGCCUGUAAGUUCGAACUACACGCCACUGUCCGAAGCCGGCGUUGCUGCUGAGUUCCCUACUGCAUGCCAUCAGUGCUCGAGAGCCCUGGGCCUGGGGGACGACCCAAACGAUGCGCUACCUUUGGAGCCGGGACAGCGAGCGUUGGCAUGUCUCGACUCUUCUGCUUACUUCCUCGAGCGGCUCGCGAAGGUUGGCUUGUCUAAUGAGCUGAGGGACGCGCUGGCCCGAGCCGGGUACACGACCUUUGGGGCUCUUGCCUUUGCGGUCUCCUCGACCCCGGGUGCAGCUAGCGAUGAGGCCGUCUCCCGGUGGGCGCAGCACCUUGCAGAUCCGCUACCGAGUGAGCACCAAAUGUCAGUGUUGCGCCGCUUGCUCUUCGAAGCGCAGUCAAUGUCGAUUGCCGAGAUGCGUGACCGGGUAAAUCAGGCGCCAGGCGAGGCUCCCACUCGCAAGCUGCCAAUGAUAGAGCGGGCUGAAAGGCUCAAAGCCCUGCGUCGAAAGUUGCCUGGACUUAUCUUGACCCCGGACACUCUGCCAGCAAACCGCUUAGUGGAUAACUACGUUGACCAGCUUGAUUCGGGUGUGCUCAGCUACGUGAAGCCAGACGCGUGCAUCAGCCGAGCACAGGAGAUGGACUCCAACAAGAGGGAUCCGACCUUGCAGGUACAGGGAAAUGAGCUGAAGCUUGCCGCCAAGCAAGUGGAGCUGAGGUGCUCCAUCAGCACUGACAUGCAGUUGAGGCAAGCUUGGACUCGGAGGUCCCUUGCGAUGGAGCUUGCGCAGCUUGCCUCAUACACCGUGCUAGAAACCUGGGUUCAAAGCCUGUUCUCGAGGAUGCAGCGGGAGCCUCCUGCGGGGUAUCACUCAGUCUCGCUCUCUCAGGUUAUGGCUGCAGACCGGGAGCUUUUUCAGCUGUUGUCGCACAACCUUAUGGGGCAGAUCCAAGCGUCGGCUGGCGCUGCUCGACCCCUCGAUCUCGAGAUCGAAAGCUUAAGCAAGAGCACUGACGUGCUUGUGCACUUGCUGCCGCUUGUGAAGCCUCCUCCGAUGCCACACCCGACAAAGCGACCUCAUCCCGGGGCCGCGUCUCCCAAUCCAAUUUUGGCUGAGGGCCUCAGUGGCCCCGAACCACAGGAUGCCGAGAGCUUCGCUCUGAACCUCCUGGCGAAGGCCGAGAUCCCCGCAUCUUCUGUGGCUCAAUUGUCAUUCCUUUUGCCAUGCGAUUCCAGUGUUCGGCCGUCAAGCGGCCCCAAUGCCUUCCUUUUCAGCUGUGGUGCUUAUGUCCACGGGGGUGUCACGGGUACUUUUGCUAAUACUCGAACCCUGCCUGCAUGCACCCAGCUCCUUGCGCGUUUUGCAAAGCAGUUCGUCGGGGACUCUUUUCCAUUUACAUCCCUUGUGCUCCUUCGGGACAACCUCACUCACAUGCAUCGUGAUCGUAAUAAUACCGGCCUUAGCGCGUUGAUCCGAUGUUCAGAUUUUGAGGGUGGAGGUCUAUGGGUUGCCGACCCCAAGGGCUCCUCGCCCAUGCAGUUCGAAGGCAAGGUGCAUCAGGGCUCCACUCGGGAGCUUGACCGCUGCCUGUACUUUGAUCCGCGUCUUUUGCAUUGCACCUUACCAUGGUCCGAGGGUCCUCGAAUUGUCCUUGCAGCCUACUCGGUUCGAGAUGCUUGUAUACUCCCACAGGCCGAUGCUGACUUGCUGCUCAAGCUUGGAUUCGUUCGGGGCCCGGGCAAAGUUGAAGUGCCCUCGACUGUGGACUUGCAGCCCAAUACCCAGGCUUCCCCUAGUGGUUUAGGCCCUGCUUGCAGUCUCCCUUUGGGUGUUGGCGAGCCAACUUCACCGAGCCCAGCAAAGCUGGAUCCGCCUGCCAAGCGACCCUUGUUCAUCGAGCUCUUCGCUGGAUCCGCAGGACUGUCUCGGGCCAUGCUCGACUUUGGGUUCGAAGUCGUUACCUUUGAUCAUUACGUCAACCACCCUAAGGCCCCGGUCUGUAAACUGGAUUUGGCCACUGCCUCUGGGCAAUCGGUUGUCUGGGAUCUUCUUCAAGCCCGAGUGCCCUUUGCCGUACAUCUCGCGCCUCCGAUUCUUGCUGGCCAUGAGGCCCUUUUGGUGUUCUGUUGUGACGUCGUCGGCUGGUGCACCCAACAUGAUGUCGUCGUGUCCCUUGAACAGCCUGACCGAAGUGAAAGCUGGGCCCUGCUCACGUCGAUGGCCCGAUCGCGUCUCCCCGCCGCGGGCCUGUCCAAAUGGGCUGGCCUCCAGAAGAUCGUGUACCCCCUCUGUAUGCACGGGGGGUCGAGCCGAGCCCUGACUCGUCUCCUUUGUACGGCUCGGGUUUUUGACACUCUGGCUGUUGCUUGCGACGGCAAGCAUUGGCAUGGUCCGCGCCCCGGACCUUGGGCUGCACCUGCAGCCUACCCGCCGGUCCUCUGCCAUCGCCUAGCCGGCUGCCUGCUCCAGUGUGCCAAGGCUCGGAAUACUGCCCCGGGGCCGCUCUCCCGAAUUAAAGAGGCCUCGACUGCUGCGGUGGGCCGCCAAACAAAGCGCCAUGCCCCUUUAGUGCCCGAGUACCGCGCCUUUAGGGUAGUCCCGUCGGGUUCUAAGCUUCAGCCCUCCGAGCGCAUCCUCUCUGCCAAGUGCGCGGGGGGAUCAACCGAGGAUGGACCCGAAAUCUCGGGGAAGCAGUGGAAACUGGGGAUAUUGCAUUCUCCCCCUGAGUUUCUGAAUAAGGCCUUAAGCUGCCCUCACCCCCUUGAUGCUGCCAGACCGUUGUCUAAACACUUUCUGGAUGCCCUUAAAGCUGUGAUGACGACACCUCCUAAGGUCUUAGAGCUCAAGAGGAAAUUGGCGAUUGCUAAGGCUGAAAUUCUUGUCAAGAAGCUUAGCUGCUCUGAGAAGACUAGGCACAAUGCCCUACCGGAUCAUAUGAAGAAGGUGCUUGAAAGCAAGAAUCUUUCUCUCUUCGAGGCGCUCCUCAAGGAACAUGCGUACUGGGACAUGGGGGUAGUCCAGCUCAUGGAACAGGGAGUGGACCUUGUUGGGUUUCAGGACACCCCUUCUUGCUAUCCCCAAAAGAUUGCUCCUGCCACCAUGUCGAGGGACGAGUUCCUUGACUCCGCCGAAUGGAGGCGGCGGGCUCUCACAACACCCGGCGCCAGGGCUCCGGAUGCCGGGCAGCUCGCCCACCUUGAGCAGACAUGCAAGGAAGAGGUAGACCUUGGGUUCAUGCUGGGACCCUACACGGAGGAUCAAGUGUCCCGGCUGUUCGGCCACACUCGCUGGUCGUGUAUCCGGCGGUUCGUCUUGGAGCAGAAGCCGGGGAAACUUCGGCCCAUUGAUGACGCAAAGGAAGCGCUCGUGAACAGCGCCAGCACCUCAACGAUGCGACUCGAGCUCGAGGACGCCGACUACCUGUCUGCUAUGGCUCUCGAGGUUGCCCGACGCAUCCUGGCUGACCCUUCCAAACCCGGUGCGGUGCCAUGGGUAGCCAGGUGUCUUGACUUGACUAAAGCCUACAAACAGAUGUGUGUUUCGGAGCGUGACCUGCCGGUCUCGGUGGUCUUCUUUCUUGAUGGACAGGGUAAGCCCAGGUACUACGUGAGCCACUCGCUGUUAUUCGGGUGCACAUCGUCAGUAUUUGCAUUCAACAGGGUGUCCAAAGCAAUCUCCUUCCUGUUGAACCAAAUGUUGCUUGUGCCAAGCUCCGUGUUCUACGACGACUUUCCUCUUCUGUCACCGAACAACACAAGUGACAGCGCAACAUGGGCCACAACCGCACUGCUUGAUCUUCUGGGCUGGGGUCACGCCCGCGUGGGCAAGGACGCUAAAGGCGUUCCAUUUGCGGCAAGCUUCGAGGUCCUUGGGAUGUCGAUGCAACUUGAUGGUGUUCACCGUGGACGCCUGACCCUUCAGAACAAAGCCGGACGUAUCGAGCAGCUCGUGGCCUUGUUUCAGGGAUUUCUUGACAGGGGUGCCAUCACGGUGCACGAGGCACAAGUCGCCCAUGGACUCUUGAACUUCUCUGCAGGCUAUGUGAAUGGUCGGGCCUUACGCUUAACAUGCCAGGAGCUCCUUCGCUUGACAAAGGCUUCGAGCCCCGCCUCUUCGAAGGCGAUCCGCAGCUUCUGCGUCAACAGCAUUGAGGCCCUCCGUGCACUUAGCCCACGCGUGCUCAGUGUGUGGGACAGCCGAGCCCCAAUACACAUCUUCACGGACGGUGCGUGGGAGCAGCGCCGGGCCGGAAUCGGUGCCGUCAUCUUUGACACAGCUUCCGGCAAGUCGUGGACUUAUGAGGGUCUCGUCCCAGAGCCACUCAUCCUCCGAUGGGAGGCCGAGGUCGGGACUCAGCUCAUUUGCCAGAUCGAGUUGUACGCUGUGGUAUGCCUGAGGUGGGCCCUGGCUUCCACCCUUGACCACAGGCGCUUGAUUUGGUGGAUCGAUAACGAAUCGGCACGCUAUGGUCUGAUCAAAGGCAUUUCGGAUAGUCCUUCGAUGUCAUCCUUGAUUCAGUCUUUUGCGAUUGCAGACUCCAAGGCACCUUCGUACAGUUGGUACGAGAGGGUCCCAUCCUUCUCUAACAUCGCAGAUGGCCCGAGCAGGGGUGAUUCAUCAGAGGCCCUGGCCGUCUGCACCGACAAGGUGGGAAACGACUACCCGCUUGACCAAAGCCUCACCCGGAGGCUCUUGUCAUCUUGA